CCAGAAGGUGAUGUACGAGAUGAUCUUGUCGGGUGGCGCUAGGGCUUGCGGCCUACCAAGCGCCUUGGAGCCUUCUCUAAUGGGAAACUCGUACAGAUUGCACCUUCAUGAGGAUAUCCAGACUAUUGUUGUCGAUAACUGACGCCAAUUUACGAACUAGGCAGUGCUUACGGAAACCAAUAGUCUCCAUAUUCGAUGUAACUGUCAUCGCAUAGUUCUCUUUUUGCGACCAUAGAACUUCGAUACCGAGAUAUAGCACGCGACAAGCCAUCGCCAGCUCACGAGUAUAUAAAGCAGCUAUCGUCCGUCGAAGGUCUUGACGUCAAUCCAUUCGCAAUUACAACCAUUGCAAAACACUAUCGAAAUAAUCUUUCUCGAGUUUAAUCUUGAACUAAACCACCACCAUGAAGUUCACUGUCGCCGCCGCCGCUGUUGCUGCCCUUACUUCAACCGCCGAGGCGGUAACCCAUCGCGAGGCCUACGCGACCAUCUAUAACGAGACGCCCGACCCAAUCCUUUCGGUCUCGCUGCUGCACAAGUAUAGCGACAACUACAAAAAUCAUCAGGAGUAUGCCGUUAUCCAGCCUAACGGUGUUGCCGCUUAUCCCUUCUGCCGUGUCGACUACAACACGGGCUUUGGCACAACGGGUCGUGACUGGUGGGCUGUCUCCUGGUACACCCAGGACCUCAAGAACUACUGUUACACAGACCCCAACAACUUCCGUGGCUUCUUUGAUGUUGUUGACCACGUCGCUCCGGGCCUGAUCACAGCCGUAGUGGCAGUCGCUGCCGCCGUCAUUACCGAAGGCGACAUUGAUAGCGCGCAAAAGGCAGGCGAGCUCGCGUGGGCGACGACGAACGGGCUGUUCAACACCGAAGGCACCAAGGGCUACAAGCAGCAUAUCUUGAGAUCUGAUGACGGGCAGCGUUUCAUCGAUUUUCACAUCAAGGCGAAUGGUGGUGUCGAGAUCCGCUCCCCCUCUGGUGUCUCCAACACCAAGUACACCUGCAGAUCCACCAAUAUUUGAGAAUUCCUGCAACAUGUAUAAGUAGGGAGACUAUUUAUCCUCCUUAUAUAAAUAUAACAAGUUAGUCUGAAAUAUUGAAAUACACAUAAUUUCCCAAACUUUGUAUUAUUUCUUUGAAGUACUUGAUGGCCACCCUAGGCUUGGAAAACAGGACGCAUGCAAGACAGCUGCA